AUGUCUUGCCCGAACCUCGCUGGAGUGGACCUGCUGGCAGCGGCCAGGUGCCGCACACUCUACAAUGGAGUGAAGAUGCCUCUUAUUGGUUUGGGCACCUGGCGCCUUCGGGGCGAUCGGCUUCGAUCUGGAGUUUUCGGGGCUCUAAAUGAACGCUACGGUUUGAUUGACAGCGCUGCGGUGUACGGUAACGAGGAGGAGAUUCGGCAGUUGCUGAAGGAUGCUGGCAAUCCCCGUGUUUUCUUAACAUCCAAAUUGCAGCCUGGAGAUGCUCAGGGCAAGGAUGCUGUGCUUAAGGCUUUUGAAAAGACUAUCGAGCGCCUGGGAGUCAAACAACUUGACCUGUACCUGAUCCAUUGGCCAGGGAGCGGCGGAGUAGACGCCAACAGUAAAGUGAACAGGCAAAGGCGUAUUGAGAGUUGGCGAGCGCUGGAGCAGCUUUACGAGGAGAAGAAAGUCCGCGCCAUUGGCGUCUCGAACUUCCUAGUCCCCCACCUCGAACAGCUGAUGGAAGAUGGAGCUAAGAUAAGGCCCAUGGUGAACCAGGUUGAGUGGCACCCAAUGUGUUGGGUGCCUGAUUUGAUUCCAUAUGCGAGGAAACACAGCAUCGUGCUCCAGGCAUACUCAUCUCUUGGGUCUGGGGAGAACAGGUUGUUUGAGCAUGAAGUCGUAAAGGAGAUCGCUGAAGAAGUCAACGAAGCUCCCAGCGUCGUGCUGCUAAGGUGGGCGCUGCAGCAGGGCCUCUUGGUAAUCCCAUGCAGCACAUCACAGGAACAUUUAAGAGAAAAUUUGGCAGCCCUUGAUGUGGUGCUGUCGGAGGACCAGAUGGAGCGACUGUGUGCCAUCCGUGAAAGCGUCACGCAUCGCUUUUGCUGGGAUCCGAACACCAUCGCCUAG